AUGAUUCGUUUCUACCUCGCGGCGAUCUUCGCCCUCCUGUGGCAUACGGCCGUCGUGCAGAGUGCAGCUCUGAACCAUGUCUCCCGUGAGCGAUGCCAGUUGUCAGGGAAGCAUUGUCCCAAGGGCACAAUCGUGGUCUCGGCCUCGAAUAAACAUGCCGAUUUCACCACCGUCCAAGCUGCCAUUGAAUCUCUGCCGCAGGAUGAUACUGCCCAGACGAUCCUCAUUCUCGCCGGUACUUACAAGGAGCAAGUGAACGUCACCCGUGCGGGCCCGGUCACGCUGCUCGGCCAGACCUCGUCUCCGACAGAUGCGACCAAGAAUCAGGUCGUCAUCACCUGGGCGGCGGCUAACCACGAUAAUACCGGCAAGUCCGUCGACAAUGUCUUCUCCAGUGUACUGGUUGUUGCUCCCACUCUCGAUGCUAGCGUGACUGGGUCCGGGCCUACUGGUAACCCAGUGCCGGAGGACACUCCCUUUGGAAACAAGAACUUUCGUGCAUACAACAUCGACUUCACCAAUACCUGGGCGGAGUAUUCUGAUGGACCAGCCCAUGCACUGAGCUUCAGCCGUGCCAAUGGUGGCUUCUACUACUGCGGAUUCUACUCAUACCAGGACACGGUCUACGUUGGUAAACUCGGCAACGCCUACUUUUACAAGUCCAUCCUCGCCGGUCAAACCGAUUUUCUUUAUGGCUUCGGCACCGCCUGGAUCCAAUCCUCCGACGUCCUGCUUCGCGGCUGUGGCGGCGGCAUCACCGCCUGGAAAGGCACCAACACCACUUUCCCCAACAAAUACGGCGUUUAUAUCGUCGACAGCACCGUUCGCGCCGCCAACGCCUCCAUCGCGCCCAGCAUCGUGGGUGCCUGCGCUCUUGGCCGCCCAUGGAACUCCCUACAGCGAUCCAUCUUUGCCAAUUCCUACGAGGAUGGCAGCAUUCAGCCGAAUGGGUAUAUUGACUGGAUCAUCUCGGGCGUGGGACGGUACGAAAAGGGCGUGACUUUUAUGGCGGAAUACCACAACCACGGGCCGGGAUUCAAUCAGACUGGUCGGAUGGAUUCCGGGUUCUUUCAAAAUCCAGAGGGCAAGUUCGGGGAUGUAUCCUGGAUCGAUUGGGAGACUGCGCGAAGCAAUUAA